AGAUACAAUGCAGCAAAAACUAAGUCUAUCCCAGCAUUAAUAUCCUUUCUCUAUAAUGUGAAUUAUAAUUCGGACCCACUUGUACGUGUAAAGAGUAGUGCGAAAAUUCGUAUACAGGUUGAAUUAGUCAAGUGUAGAAAAACCAAGUCGGGUGUUAAUAAGUCUGGUAGUAAAGAAAACUGUGAUCCACACAUUAUUCCAGCACGCAAAGUUAGGGCAAUUG